AUGCAAUUUAAUUUCAUUAAUUUAGAGAAAUAAUUCAAUCAAGAUGGUUCGACUAAAUUCUCCACUAGCAGAAACGUCAAGUGCAAGAGAUUAUAUUGACAUUAUGAGCGAAAUAAAGAAACUUGAAGCAUUUUACCAUGAAUUUGAAGAAAAUAAUCCAACAAUUAUUGUUUUUGGUGAUCAAUCGAGUGGCAAAAGUACCGUUUUACAACGUUUAACUGGUGGUUUACCAUUGCCAAGGUAAAGAAAAAAAAUUAUAAUUUAUUUUAUUUCAUUUUUUUUUAAAAAAAAUUUCUUCAUAAUAGGGGAUCCACAAAAAGUACAGUCGCCCCUUUCAAAAUUCGUAUGUUACAAAGUGAAGAACCAUUACAUAAAAUAUCUUUACGUUACGUAGAAAACAAAAAUCGUGAGCCGAUACAUCCAAGUGAAGUUGAUUUUGCUGUUAUAACAGAUUUGGAUGAGUUAGAAAUAGAAGAAAAAUUGCGCGAAGCUCAACGUUACGUACAGAAUCCGAGUA